GCCGAAGUAUGCGGAAUCUCAUCCAUCUACGCAGUCUUUCAUAGCCCUUGCCCAUGCACCGGAUAUCAGCGGUAGCAUGCCUUAUUGUGCUCAAACCUUCAGGCUUCAUCGCGUGCUAAGAAAAGGACGACGUAUGCCAGCAGAGCUUACGACUUGGGCCGGCAGGGCUUGUCGAAUACCGUUUUGCCGGCAAAAGGUCACCAUGCCAGUGCAUGGAAAAUCCUGGCGUUUCUAUUGCCUGCGUAGGCUUUUUAUAUUUAAAGCCACCUGAGAAAGGUGAGAAGUAUUCCCAGACCCGCAGCACUUUCCCUCAUCUGAGACGUCAUUGAAAAAAGGCUUGACAGCUUCUCUCCUCGUCUUCUAUCCGCCUAACGAAGUUUGACACUUUGAACAAGCACUUUCGUCUAUUAUGGGAAAUGCUAUUGGUACUUUUCGUACUGUAUGGGACCAGUCACUUCCCCCGAAGUCAAAGUUCUCGACCGACCAGAUUCCCGACCUUACUGGCCGAGUUGUCAUCGUAACAGGUGGUAACGUUGGAGUCGGAAAAGAAACCAUUAAGGCAUUGCUUGAACAUAAUGCGAAAGUGUAUAUGGGCUCGCGAUCGAAGAGCAAGGCCGAUGCUGCUAUCAAGGAUCUGAAAGCAGCUACGGGCAAGGAGGCCAUCUUCUUGGAGCUCGACCUUAGCAGCCUUGCAUCCGUUCGUCGUGCGGCGGAUGAAUUCUUAAGCAAGGAGACAGAGCUUCACUUGUUAUUCUUAAACGCCGGCGUCAUGGUGCCUCCUCUGGAUCAGAUAACUGCUGAGGGAUACGACCUUCAAUUCGGUACCAAUGUUGUUGGUCAUUUCCUCUUCACCAAACUCCUUCUCCCUGCUCUCCUGGCAGGAAAGGAGACGUCGCCCGAUAAACACGCUAGGGUCAUCACUACCUCUUCCUCAGCGGCCUACUUCUUCACGCUCGAUUGGAAUUCCUUCAAAGACGGGCCUGCACGUAAGAAACUGGGCAUACAAAGAUUGUACGCCCAGAGCAAGUUUGCGAAUGUUCUCUUUGCUCGUGAGCUUGCGAGACGAUACGGUCAUCAGGGAAUUAUCUCGAUUGCCGUGAACCCAGGUAACCUGAAAACCGACCUUCAGCGUAAUCUCAAGGGUUUGCAAAAGAAGCUUGUGAACUUGAUGCUCUACCCUGCCUCAUACGGUGCCUUGACGCAGCUCUGGGCAGGAACGAUGCCGGAGACGUUAAACCACAAUGGCGAGUUCCUGAUUCCGUGGGCGAGACUUGGCAGGUGCAGACCUGAGGCGUACGAUGCUGAACUCGCUGAGAAGCUUUGGAACUACCUUGAUGAGGAGGUUAAGGCCUUUGAGAAGAAGUGAUUAUGACUAACGCUCACGUAGGCCCGUCUCUGGUCUAUUGCUUGGUGUUUGGUUGCUCCAAUACGUUCAUUGUAUGAUAUCCUUUGUACCUGUAACAUUAUUUAAUGUUUGUGAACUCCUAUUCUCCUGUACGCUCGGCCACUGCUGUAGUGGACAUACUCUUUCAGCAAUCAUCGCUUAACUUGC